CAACAAGAAGUCUUGUGACUUCUUGUUGAUUCCACUCAAGAUCAACCUAUAUUGUUUUGUGGCUCACGAGAAACAACCAUGCCUCAUGUGGUGGUGAAGCAAAGAUCACAAAAUUUGGAUUUAUGAGUGAAAAGCUAAAAGGCAGAAGGAAAAAAGGUAAUCUUCACUAUUAGGAUUUACAGCUCUGAGAUACUGCCAAAUGGGGCAAAGACUAAUGAGAGAAAAGCAGAUGGAUCCUAGCUUCAAGUGGGCGGACCUCCCUCUGCUUCACCUAGAUUGGCGGGGAGAAUUCACCAAUGGGGAGCUCUAGGAGGAGGACCUAGAACAGCAGCGGCUUGAGGAAGAGGAGCAGAUUUCAAGUUGGCAGCGGUGUGGGCUCCAUGUGGGGGAGGGGUAGCAGGUUUUUCUCACUGGAUCUCUGAAUUCUGAGGCCCCCUCCACCAUGGCAAGCCGGGGUGGGGGCCGGGGCCAGGGUCGGGGCCGGGGCCAGUUGACCUUCAAUACAGAGGCUGUGGGCAUUGGGAAGGGGGAUGCUCUGCCGCCAUCUACCCUGCAGCCUUCUCCACUCUUCCCGCCAUUGGAGUUCUACCCAGUGCCUCUGCCCUCAGGAGAGGAAGGGGAAUAUGUCCUGGCACUGAAGCAGGAGCUACGAGGGGCCAUGAGGCAGCUCCCCUACUUCAUCCGGCCAGCUGUCCCCAAAAGAGAUGUGGAACGUUACUCAGACAAAUAUCAGAUGUCAGGACCGAUUGACAAUGCCAUUGAUUGGAACCCUGAUUGGCGACGUCUACCCCGGGAGCUAAGGAUCCGAGUGAGGAAGCUACAGAAAGACCGGUCCACCAUUCUAGUCCCCAAAAGGCCCCCUAAAACCACAGAAUAUAAGGAGGAAACAAUACAGAAACUAGAGACCCUGGAGAAAAAGGAGGAAGAAUUAACUUCAGAGGAAGAUGAGGAGAAAGAAGAAGAAGAGAAGGAAGAGGAAGAAGAAGAGGAGUAUGAUGAAGAAGAACAUGAAGAGGAAACUGAUUACAUCAUGUCAUACUUCGACAAUGGAGAGGACUUUGGUGGUGACAGUGAUGACCAUAUGGAUGAGGCUAUAUACUGAAAAAGGACCCUAAACAACAUUCUGGAUCUUCAUAUAUUUCUAAUUUAAGAUACAGAGAGUAACUGUCUCUAUUAUUUGGUUUUGUGGACAAGGAAAUAAUUUGCUCUGAGUCCAGAUAAUCUGUUUGGUCCCUAGAAAUAGAAAUGGAGAAUGACAACAGACGUCUUCUACCCUUCCCCUCCCUCUACCCUUGUACCACUUCUGAUAUCUUGGAGAAAGGGCAGAGGACCAAUGUCUUAAUUGUAUGAAAGGGUGAAGGGAAGGUCAAAAGAAGAAAUGGAAUUAUUGGAUCUGAGACAGCUGUACAUAUGCCCUUACCCAUUUUUUAUAUAGUUCUUUGUGGAGAUAACUGGGGGUGGGAGCAGUUAAGAGGAUUAAGGCCAGUUUUAUAUUUUUAAAUAAAAUAUUUUUAUCUGUCUCUGUAUUCAGGGUGAGGCCUGAUGGGAGAGGGCUGGAGAAAUGAAGGGGGUGCUUAGCUGAACCAUUCUCUCCUUACCUGUCAGUGUCCAGUGUGAUACCCUGGGGAUUACAGCCUUCCUAUCUUUUGCCCCUUCCCUCCCACCACAAUGGUGGGACAUAUGCUCCCAAUCUAGCCCUGCCCAGGAACAUUCAGGAAAUUCAUCUGCAAGGCUGUGAAGAGUGAGUAGUAGGAAAAAAUAGCUCACACCCUAAGAUCAGCUGACUUCUGAGCCUCUGGUCCUCAGGCCACAGGCACAGGGUUGUGCUUUUUCACAUGUGUUCAUAGGAACACAGGCCCUCUCUUUCCCACACUUGACCUUGAUCUUGUCCAUGUUUACAAAGAAUGACUGCAGCUAUUUUUUGUGGGGAGAGUCAAGAAAGCCAGGUGUGGGAGGAAAUAGGGAGGAGGUACUGAUUAUUCUUCAGCACAGUCACUGUCUUCCAGGCCCUGGAGA